AUGGCGGAAUCAAAGAGGACGGUAUAUGAAAAAGCAAUGCACGACACUAGCUUCCGUCGUACCUGGGACAAAGAAGACUUCGAACGUCGCGCACGUGAACGAGCACGUCAAGAACGUGAGCAAGAGGAAGACGAAGACCGAAAGCGUAAAGGAUUAAAGCCAAAAUACUCUGAGAGUUCGAUAUCUGACCAGCCGCGAGAUUUAUUAAGGGCCCGUACUGAAAGAGUUAUUUUAGAUGCAAAUCUGAAUAAAACACAAGUUGUACAAUCUACUAGUAUUGCUUCAAAACAGCCGGGCUUUUAUUGUAAAGAAUGCGACUGUGUCGUCAAAGACAGUGUAAACUAUUUAGAUCAUAUUAAUGGAAAGAAACACCAAAUCAAAGCAAAGUUCGAACAAUUAAAAAAGAAGAAGGAAGAAGAACAACAAAUAUAUGAAAAAGCUCAAAGACAAGAAGAAGAAGAGAAACGAAGGAAAAAAGAACGAAAAAAAGCUAAAAAGAGGAAUGAAUCAAAAAAAAAUGAUAAAGAGGAAGGUGCUGAAGAUGAUAUCGAUCCAGAGAUGGCAAAAUUAAUGGGGUAUGGUGAAGCUGCCGAAUUAACAUUCAAUAUUUGCCUUUCAAUACUGAUGUAUAUCUUUUAUAACAAUAGAUUUGGUGGAUUUGGAACAACUAAAUCUUAA